AUGCGGUUUUCACUUGGACUUUCCGCAGCGUUGCUGCUCUCUGCCGCUUCUGCUGCACCACAGCUUGAGCACUUGAACGAGAACCUGGAGGCACGAGCCUACGAGGUCAACGUCAAGACUACCAAGGACCUCAAGUCCCUUGGUCUCACCGUCGCCACCAAUUCUGCCCAGCAUGGCAAGACGGCCAAGUACCAAAAACAGUGCCCCUUCAGCGUGACUCCCGUCAAACCCCAUAAUGAGCGAUACCACCACGAUAUUUCCUUCCCGAAGGGAUGUGACGGUGGCAAGUUCAUUAACUGGAAGACGUUCAAGGCCAACGGUGUCAACCUCGGCGCUUGGCUCGCAAAAGAGAGGAAUCACGAUCCCAUCUGGUGGACCUCUCUUGGUGCCAAGGCUGCGGCCACAGGAGAUGAGUGGAGUUUGUGCCAGGCUCUCGGCAAACAGUGCGGUCCUAUCUUGGAAAAGCGCUAUGCAUCUUUCCUGAACACCUCUACCAUCGAUACGCUUGCCAAGGUCGGAAUCAACACCCUUCGCAUCACAACUACCUAUGCGGCUUGGGUCAAGGUCCCUGGGUCUGCUUUCUACUCUGGCAAGCAACAAGAGCAUCUACGUAGGAUCACUCAAUAUGCUAUUGAGCGGUACAACAUGCAUGUCAUUAUCGGCCUUCACUCCCUCCCAGGUGGCAUUAACAAUCUUGACAUUGGCGAAGCCUUUGGUCACGAUGCCUGGUUCUACAACACUACCAAUCUUGCUUACAGUCUCAAGGCUGUGGAUAAGGUUCUCGACUUCAUCAAGACAAGUGGCCACAAGAACGCCUUUACCAUUGCCCCCAUCAACGAAGCCAGUGACAACUUGGCCGGCUUUGGGUCAGCGGCCGGAUUAUCCGACAAGGCCGCCAACUGGGUCAUUACCUACAUGAACGGAGUUUUCAAGCGAGUCGAGGCUGUUGACAAGCGCAUCCCAGUCAUGCUGCAAGACAACUUCAAGGGUGCUGCCUUCUGGUCCCCUCUCUUCGACAAGAAGCGUAACCUCGUCAUCGACUCGCACGUGUACUACUUUGCCGCAGCAGGCACUUACUCUCAAUUCGUGGCUCCCGCUGUAUGCGGCCAAGCCAAGUACCUCGCCACCGAGACCAAGUUCCCUGUCUUCGUCGGAGAGUGGUCAUUGCAGACCAUGUAUAACAACACUCUGUCUGUGCCAACCCGCAAGAUGAUUUUCGACACUCAGCGAUAUGCCUGGCAAAAGGAGGUUGCUGGUGGCGCCUUCUGGACGGCGGUUUCCUAUGCUAAUACUCCUGUCGACGGUCAGGGUACCCAGAGGGAUUACUGGAGCUAUGUUGACCUGAUUCGGGCUGGAGUUAUUACCAAGGCCACUACAAAGAGCUACUGUUAG